CGGGCCGGUGGGGGGAGUCGGCGUCUCUCUCCCCCGCGCCAGCUCCCGUACACGGAGCCGCAUUCCUCGGCCCCCCCACCCCCUCCCUCGGGGCCCCCGCCCCCCGCGGGAGAAAAAAAAAAAAAAAAAAAAAAGAAGCCCCAUCCCCAGUCACUCGAACCCGAGGGAGGCUUCCUUUCACCCUCGGGGAGAGGCGCCGGCCCCGGUCGCCCGUGCCUCGUCUCCCCCGCUAGCCCCCGUCCCCUCCCCUCGCUCCCACCCCCUUCUCCCGGCGCCGGGUGCGAGGGCCCUUUAAGGCGACGGCGCCUUCCUCGGGUCAGACGACCGGCGGCGACGACCACGGGAGCAUGGCGGACACCGACCUGUUUAUGGAAUGUGAGGAGGAGGAGUUGGAGCCGUGGCAAAAAAUCAGUGAUGUCAUUGAGGACUCUGUAGUUGAAGAUUAUAAUUCAGUGGAUAAAACUCCGGCAGUUUCUGUGAGCCAGCAGCCAGUCUCGGCUCCAGUGCCCAUCGCUGCCCAUGCUUCUGUUGCUGGGCACCUCUCUACAUCCACCACCGUUAGUAGCAGCGGGGCACAGAACAGCGACAGUACAAAGAAGACUCUUGUCACACUAAUUGCCAACAACAAUGCUGGUAAUUCUUUGGUCCAGCAAGGUGGACAGCCACUCAUCCUGACCCAGAAUCCAGCCCCAGGUCUGGGCACAAUGGUUACUCAACCAGUGCUGAGACCUGUCCAGGUCAUGCAGAAUGCCAAUCAUGUUACUAGUUCCCCUGUGGCUUCUCAACCAAUAUUCAUCACGACCCAGGGAUUUCCUGUAAGGAAUGUCCGGCCUGUACAAAAUGCAAUGAAUCAGGUUGGGAUUGUGCUGAACGUACAGCAAGGCCAAACGGUUAGACCAAUUACACUAGUCCCAGCCCCAGGUACCCAGUUUGUUAAGCCGACCGUUGGAGUUCCACAAGUGUUCUCUCAGAUGACACCAGUGAGGCCAGGCUCCACGAUGCCUGUAAGGCCCACCACCAACACCUUUACCACCGUCAUCCCAGCCACUCUGACCAUUCGGAGCACCGUCCCACAGUCCCAGUCCCAGCAGACCAAGUCCACUCCCAGCACGUCCACCACUCCCACUGCCACACAGCCGACCUCAUUGGGACAGCUAGCUGUUCAGCCUCCAGGCCAGUCCAACCAGACCUCAAACCCCAAACUCGCUCCCUCCUUCCCCUCUCCACCUGCAGUGAGCAUUGCCAGCUUUGUCACUGUGAAGCGACCUGGGGUUACAGGUGAAAAUAGCAAUGAAGUGGCCAAAUUGGUGAAUACCCUUAACACCAUCCCGUCCCUGGGCCAGAGCCCUGGGCCAGCAGUGGUAUCCAACAACAGCUCUGCCCACAGCUCUCAAAGAACCAGCGGACCUGAGUCUUCAGUGAAAGUGACCUCUUCCAUUCCAGUGUUUGACCUCCAGGACGGUGGACGCAAGAUAUGUCCACGGUGUAAUGCUCAAUUCCGUGUCACUGAAGCUUUGCGAGGUCACAUGUGUUACUGUUGCCCAGAAAUGGUUGAAUACCAGAAAAAAGGAAAAUCCUUGGAUCCUGAACCCAGUGUUCCAUCAGCAGCAAAGCCACCGUCCCCUGAGAAGACAGCACCUGUUGCUUCCACACCCUCUUCUACCCCUAUUCCUGCUCUGUCACCACCUACCAGAGUACCAGAGCCAAGUGAGAAUGCAGGAGAUGCUGUCCAGACCAAGCUCAUUAUGCUGGUGGAUGACUUUUAUUAUGGACGGGAUGGUGGCAAAGUAGCUCAGCUCACAAAUUUCCCUAAGGUCGCCACGUCUUUCCGAUGCCCACAUUGUACCAAGAGGCUAAAGAACAACAUUCGAUUCAUGAACCAUAUGAAACAUCACGUAGAACUUGAUCAGCAGAAUGGUGAGGUAGAUGGUCAUACUAUCUGCCAGCACUGUUACCGCCAGUUUUCCACUCCCUUCCAGCUCCAGUGUCACUUGGAAAAUGUUCAUAGUCCCUAUGAAUCUACUACCAAGUGCAAGAUCUGUGAGUGGGCGUUUGAAAGUGAGCCACUGUUUCUCCAGCAUAUGAAGGAUACUCACAAGCCUGGAGAGAUGCCUUAUGUGUGCCAGGUGUGUCAGUACCGCUCCUCACUCUACUCUGAGGUAGAUGUCCAUUUUCGGAUGAUCCACGAGGAUACCCGGCAUCUGCUGUGCCCUUAUUGCCUGAAGGUCUUCAAAAACGGCAAUGCCUUCCAACAGCAUUACAUGAGGCACCAGAAGAGAAAUGUUUAUCACUGCAACAAAUGCCGCCUGCAGUUUCUCUUUGCCAAGGACAAAAUUGAACACAAGCUUCAGCACCAUAAAACCUUCCGUAAACCCAAGCAGCUGGAAGGCCUGAAGCCGGGCACCAAGGUGACGAUCCGGGCUUCCCGAGGGCAGCCACGAACUGUCCCUGUGUCCUCCAGUGACACACCUCCCAGCGCACUGCAGGAGGCGACAUCACUGACCUCCUCAGCGGACCCGCUGCCUGUCUUCCUCUACCCCCCUGUCCAGCGCAACAUCCAGAAGAGAGCUGUUAGGAAAAUGAGUGUCAUGGGCCGGCAGACUUGUCUGGAGUGCAGUUUUGAGAUCCCAGAUUUCCCCAAUCAUUUCCCUACCUAUGUGCACUGCUCUCUGUGUCGCUACAGCACCUGCUGCUCCCGAGCUUAUGCCAACCACAUGAUCAACAAUCAUGUUCCACGGAAGAGCCCCAAAUAUUUGGCUUUGUUUAAAAAUUCUGUGAGUGGCACCAAGUUGGCCUGCACUUCGUGUAGCUUUGUUACCUCUGUGGGAGACGCCAUGGCCAAGCACUUAGUGUUCAACCCCUCACACAGAUCCAGCAGCAUCCUGCCCCGGGGACUCACUUGGCUCUCUCACUCAAGGCUUGGCCAGAUACGCGACCGCAUGCAUGACCGGAACUUGAAGAACAUGUACCCUCCUACUUCCUUACCCCCUAACAAAGCCGCCACUGUGAAAUCUGCGGAGGCCACCCCAGCUGAGCCUGCAGAGCUCCCGCCUCCCGUGACCCAGGCACUGCCAUCACCAGCCUCCACGGCAACCCCCCCAGCCACCCCCACUAACCCACAACCUUUAGUCCUUCCACCCUUGGCCGCAGAGGGGACUGAGUGUCUGAACGUUGACAACCAGGAGGAAGGGAGCCUGGCUACCCAGGAACCUGAGCCUGCAUCUGGUGGCGGUAGCAGUGGGUUGGGCAAGAAGGAGCAGCUCUCAGUGAAGAAGCUCCGAGUCGUACUGUUUGCCCUGUGCUGUAACACGGAACAGGCGGCCGAACACUUCCGGAAUCCCCAGCGGCGCAUCCGGCGCUGGCUGCGACGCUUCCAGGCCUCACAGGGGGAGAAUCUGGAGGGCAAAUACCUGAGCUUUGAGGCAGAGGAGAAACUGGCCGAGUGGGUGCUGACUCAGCGGGAGCAGCAGCUGCCUGUAAAUGAGGAGACCUUGUUCCAGAAGGCCACCAAGAUAGGACGUUCUCUCGAGGGCGGGUUUAAGAUCUCCUAUGAGUGGGCUGUGCGCUUCAUGUUGCGCCACCACCUGACUCCCCACGCCCGGCGGGCAGUGGCCCACACCCUCCCUAAGGACGUGGCAGAGAACGCCGGGCUCUUCAUAGAGUUUGUGCAGCGGCAGAUUCACAACCAAGACUUACCCUUGUCCAUGAUCGUGGCUAUCGAUGAGAUCUCCUUGUUCCUGGACAUGGAAGUGUUGAGCAGCGAUGACAGAAAGGAAAACGCCCUGCAGACAGUGGGCACAGGGGAGCCUUGGUGUGAUGUAGUGCUGGCCAUUCUAGCCGACGGCACUGUCCUUCCCACCCUGGUUUUCUACCGAGGACAGAUCGAUCAGCCUGCCAACAUGCCGGACUCGAUACUGCUGGAGGCAAAGGAGAGUGGCUACAGCGACGAUGAGAUCAUGGAGCUGUGGUCCACCCGCGUGUGGCAGAAGCACACGGCAUGCCAGCGCAGCAAAGGCAUGCUCGUCAUGGACUGCCACCGCACACACCUAUCGGAGGAGGUGCUGGCCAUGCUUAGUGCCUCCAGCACUCUGCCCGCAGUGGUCCCGGCAGGCUGCAGCUCCAAAAUCCAGCCAUUAGACGUAUGCAUCAAGCGAACUGUCAAGAACUUCCUGCACAAAAAGUGGAAGGAGCAAGCUCGGGAAAUGGCAGACACUGCGUGUGAUUCUGACGUGCUGCUCCAGCUGGUGCUGGCGUGGCUGGGUGAGGUGCUGGGCGUCAUUGGGGACUGCCCUGAGCUGGUGCAACGGUCCUUCCUAGUGGCCAGUGUGCUGCCAGGCCCGGAUGGCAACGUCAGCUCCCCGGCCAGGAACGCCGACAUGCAGGAGGAGCUCAUCGCCUCCUUGGAGGAGCAGCUGAAGCUGAGCGGUGAACAGUCUGAGGAGCCGUCUGCCUCCACACCCGGGCCCAGGGCCUCCCCGGAAGAGACAGUUGAUCCCGAGAGCCUGCACCAGCUGUUUGAGGGUGAAAGUGAGACCGAGUCUUUCUAUGGCUUUGAAGAAGCUGACCUCGAUCUGAUGGAGAUUUGAGUGUGGGGUCCUGUGGGCAUGUGGAGUCGGGGUGGGAAGUGAAGGGGGCAGUGGGACCCCAGGGGAAGGGGCAUACCAGGUGGGGUAUUUGGUUUAUAUUUUUUAAUUUUACACCACCACUCCCUAAUAUUGACUUACAACGUCCCUGUGAAUUUGUGGAUUAUUAGGAAAACCAAUAGUGAUCACAUCUGAGCCGAGGAACUGGCCCGUUGGUCAUUCAGUUCUGCUCAAAACAGGUUUUUGUGACUUUUUUUAAAAAUUUAAAUCACUGUGUUUGGUAUUUUUCUGACAAAAUCGAGGAAAAGAAAAAAAAAAACUCCUUUGUGGGCGAAUGUUCAAUUGUUCUGUUAUCCCCUUACCUCAGCUGUAUCAUAGAACUUCCUGGAGUUUCUGUUUUACUGUGUGGCCAAUGUCUUUGGGCAUGAUGCUAUCUAACCAUUGUCAAUGUGAGAACAUUUCUGAGGAUGAGAAAGACAAAAAUAUGUAGCGCAAAAACUGGUGUAUUAUAUAUGGAUAAAAACUUUUUUCAUUGUGGUCUUAACACUUUUAUAUAAAAAUGAAAAUG